AUGGCCACGAACGGAGCGCAAGAGGCCUUUGCGCCCCCGGACGUCUUGGCCGCUGUCAUGACAAUGAGGGGCGGGGAGCAGGAGGCCAAGAAGCAGGCCCAUGAGUAUUUGGAGAGGUUCCAGAAAUCGAAGGAUUCAUGGGCUACUAUAGUGGGCAUCCUGCAGGCGGAUGCCGACCCAGAGGCAGCGCUCUUUGCUGCCAUCACCCUUCGUGGAAAGAUCACAUACGACCUGUCCACCCAGAUUUCCCCCAGCGAACUCCCCGGUCUUCGAAACCAGAUUCUCCUAUUCCUCAAACGAUACGCUCCCGGACCCAAGCCCAUCCGAGUACAGCUCUGCGUGUGCCUAGCCAUUCUGGCGAUCCAGAUGAAGGAAUGGACCGAUGUCCUGACGUCCGUCGUCCAGUCCCUUAGUGACAGCCCCGAAAGCCAUGCUUGUAUUUUGGAUUUCCUGCGGGUUCUCCCCGAGGAGGUUACCGAAGGUCGAAAGAUCACCUUGUCUGAAGAAGAUCUUGCUGCACGGACGCAAGCCUUGCUGGGAGAUAAUGCGGAGAAGGUUAUCCAGCUGCUGAUCAACUAUUCUCAAUCAUCCCCUGCCGCCGCUCAAAAUCCCCAGUUGAUGGAGUGCAUUACCUCCUGGCUGCGAGAAGUCCCGGUUAGCAAUGUCGUCAAGUCGCCACUGCUUGACAUUGUCUUUAAUGGCAUUGCGAGUGACCAGAGUAGCCAGGAGGCAUCCGAAUGCCUAUGCACAAUGCUUCGGGAGACAUCUGACGUGGACGAGAGCCAGGAAAUUAUCGAGACCCUGUUCCCCCGAAUCAUUUCGCUCCAGCCUCAAAUCCAAAAGGCUGCAGAGGAAGAAGACUCAGAGGCCCUCAAGGCUCUGACCAAAGUCUUUGCCACCGCAGCGGAGAGCUGGGUUGUUGGAAUUGCCCGCCAGCCGGUCCAUUUCAGGCCCUUGGUGGACGCCGUUCUUGAGUGUGCUGUGAGAGACAAGGAGCGCGAUGUGAUCGAGCACACUUUCAACUUCUUCUACGAGCUCAAGCUUUACCUCGUGUUGGAGAGAUAUAUUCAGGGUCGCUUGGAGCUGGUUGAUAUUUAUUCGAAGCUCGUGGAUAUCCUCCUCAAGCACCUAGAAUACCCCCAGCCGGAGUCGGGUAGCGAGACGGAUCUGUUCGACGGAGACCGCGAGCAGGAGGAGAAGUUCAGAGAGUUCCGUCACCAAAUGGGCGAUACUCUCAAGGACUCGUGCGAGGUUAUGGGUGUCACGGAUUGUCUAACCAAGGUGCUCAACUCCAUCCGGGUGUGGAUGACGAAGUAUGCAGGCCUGGUUACGGAGACGUCGGUGCCACACUGGCAAGAGCUGGAGGCCCCCCUGUUUGCCAUGCGAGCACUUGGACGAAUGGUGGACAAGGAUGAGGACAUUGUCCUUCCUCAGCUUAUGCCCCUGCUCGUGCAAAUCCCGAGCCACGAGAAGCUCCGCUUUGCUACCAUCAUGGUCCUAGGACGUUACACUGAGUGGACGGCAGCGCACCCCGAGUAUCUGGAGCCCCAGUUCAACUACAUCGUUACCUCGUUUCAGUCCGACUCGAAGGAGAUUAUCCGGGCCGCCGCUCUGUCGAUCAAGUUCUUCUGCACGGACUGCAAACACCUCCUCAGUGGCCAGGUGCUGCAGCUUCAGACCUUCUACGACCAGGUUCUAGACAAGCUGCCAGACCUCAGCAAGGAGGAGAUUACCGAGGGUGUUUCCACUGUUGUGGCCGUUCAACCCGAUGAGGAAAUUUAUCGACUGCUCAAGACUUGUUGUGAUCCUCUUGUUCAGCGGUUGAUGGCUAAAGCGAACAACGCCACCGACGACGAGGGCAAGUUGGCAUUGGCAGACCAUCUCCAGUUGAUUACCAUUUUCGUCCAGAACGUGGUCCCUCCUAGCAAUCCAGGACAGGAGAACCCUGCUGUGAAGUACUGGCAAGAGGUCUUCCCGAUCUUGUCAACUGUUUUGGACAAUUUCCUCACCUUCACUCCUAUUUGCGAGAGAGUUUGCAGAUGCUGGCGAAACAUGGUCAUCUCGUAUCGCACUGCCAUGACCCCGAUGCUUCCUGAGAUGGCGAACAAGCUGGCCAUUGGCUUCAACAACUCGAGAGAGGGGUGCUUCCUCUGGGUGACUUCUGCUAUUCUCCGGGAGUUCUCGGAGGCCCGGGAGCAUGUUGAUCAGGCCACGACUGAUAAUAUCUACACGUUCUUCGAGGCCCAGACAACGACUUUCCUGAGGGUUAUGACAGAGCUCCAACCCAAGGAGCUGCCUGACGUCAUUGAUGAUUUCUUCCGUCUGCUCAUCGAUGCGUUGCUCUACUAUCCUCAGAGACUUGUCCCUUCGCACCUAUUGCGAUCGAUCUUCGAGGCGGCAGUCUACGCCCUCACUCUGGAGCAGCGGGAUCCUCUAUCGUCUACUCUACACUUCUUGCGGGACCUUCUUUCUUAUGGGGGAGACAACCCCGCUACCAGCGACGGCCUUCCCGAGGCAGCCGCGGCCGAGAUUCGAAACACCAUCCGUACUCUCCUGACAAACCUGGGUGAGAACCUCGUGAAGCAGGUCAUGGCGGGUAUGAUGAUCACCUUCCCUCGGGACUGUUUCGCCGACGGCAGUGGCGUCUUGCUGGCCCUGUUUGAAUUGCUCCCAGCUGAGACGACGGAGUGGGUGUCGCUAACUAUCGCGUUGCUGCCCGAGGGUACUGUGUCUCCUGUUGAGGCCAACCGAUUGAUGGGCAAGAUCAAGGAGAAGUUACAGUCCGGAGACCCCAGUGCUAUGAGGAACGUGCGUGCCCUUCUGCAGGACUUCACCAACACAUAUAGACGCCGCAACGUAGCCCCCCGAGAUGGGCUCGGCCAGCUCGAGGCUACCCGCUUCCAGUUCUCUGGAUAA